AUGUGGAGAGCAUGUCUUGAAUCUCUACCCACAAGAGUGAACCUGGCCAAGAAACAAAUUGUUGAAUCUUCUAAAUGUCCAAUAUGCAAAUCAGAGGAGGAAAAUGUGGCACAUGCCUUAUGGAAUUGUUCUUCAGCAAUGGAUGUAUGGAGUCAAACACAAUCGGGCCUACAAAAAUGUUCAUUCAGGUAUGCAAACUUUAGAGAAUUAGUCGAAGCACUAAUGUCACAUUAUGAUCAAGAUUCUUUGGAAAAGUUUGUAAUAAUAGCAAGGAACAUAUGGCAUAGAAGAAAUCAGUUUGUAUUUGAAAAUGCCUUUACUCAUCCUAAUGCAUUAGUCAAGAAAUCAAGGAAAACAUUAGAAGAAUAUAAAGUGCUUCAGCAAAAACAAAUGAAACAACAUGGAAGGAAUGCACAGAUACAGAACAGAUGGCAACCUCCACCAAUAGGAGUAACCAAAAUCAAUUGGGAUGCAAGUCUGAAUGAAGAUAGGGGAAGAGCAGGUUUUGGGUUAGUGGCUCGUGAUCAUACAUGCAGUAUUCUAGCUACCAAAAAGCUGUCAAAACCAUGUCUAAUGGAUCCUCUACUAGCUGAAAGUAUGGGUGGUCUAUAUGCAGCAGAUAUGGCCUAUGAAAUGGAUUGCAGAUUAGUUAUAUUGGAAGGGGACUCUCUAACCAUUGUACAAGGAAUAGAAAAACAAAUAGAUAGAUGGGAUAGGGUGGGAAUGAUCCUUAGUGAUAUAAAACAUAGGCUUGUAUCCUUAACUAGUUGGAGGGUCUCACAUGUCAAAAGAUGUGGCAAUGUUCAUGCCCAUAAUCUUGCCAAAGAAGCUGUAUUAAGUCCAGGUGAUGUGGUGGAAAGUGUAGACUUUUCAGCCAAUUUGGCUCAUGUAAAUACUUGA